UCGGCCCACAAUCACAAUGUUGGUUGGCUGGUGAUACGGUGCGGUAACGGCGGUUAGGACAAAGAUGCGUCCAACAUCGUUCGGAGACGUAGAUAAGAUUGAUCCGUUCGAGAGGUCACUUCAAACGAGGUGCGACGUGAGUUGUGUUGCUGAGUCACAUGGUUAGCCACCAGGGUGAGAUGGACGGAAAUGGAAAUUAGAUCCAUUGGCACAUCCAGCAAGCCGGGGCGCGAUUCAACGUAGGCUGCAGACCAAGUGGUGGAUGGAUAUGUGACGGAGUUAGGUGGUCGGAUGUUCAUCUGGGAGAUGUGUGUUGUUGGAGUGAACAUGCAAGAUACUGCCCGCACGACGCGCUUCGCAUCUUGUCGUGCUCGUACGUCUCCAUCUUGCUCUGAUUCGGCCCACCAUCAUAGCUGCUCGGCAAUGUGUGAUACACCUCCAACAAACUUCGAUUUCUCCUGGCCUCUAUACGUAUCCUCCGUCACUCCUGCACCACAAGCCCACUGCAAUCAUUCCACACAACCCCCAACCAAUCUUCCACCCCCCAGACCUCCCACCACUACUUCAUACCCCUUCACUAAAAUCUACACCCGCAACACGCUUUGCCCAGAACUGCCACCCAUCAAAGCAUAUUGGGGAAUGGUCAAUCUUAUGAUGUAUAUCUGUCUAAUGCUGGUAUAUAGAGAGGCAUGUGAUACUGGUAAGUGGAGACGAAGAUGUGACGUGAAGGAGACGAGAAACAGCAGAACGAGGAAAAGAUAUAUUAAUGGAAGAUAGAUGUGAGGAGAGUGUGCCGAUAUGGCCGAGCCAGGCGUUUGUAAUCAUGGCGUGUCAAGCAUAGACGUUCGUGACGCGCUGGCUGACUAUACGGCGCUGGAUAACGUGUGCUUUAGCGGCGUUGGGGAU